AUGACCAGAGUGCUCUGCAACGGCGCAGGUGGACCUCAGCUCGUCAAUUUCACUCGCUCCCAACUAAAUGGAAGCACAAACUUCCUCGCCAUGCGCGAAAUCAACAUCAGCUACAACAUGGGAAGCGUAAGAGAGAUCCUCACACUCAGCGGCGUAAAACAGGCACUGCGACCCUUCUACCGCAAACACCUCUUCAACCAGAUCAAAGACCUUCUCCGCCUCUUCCCAACCACAACCAUCAGAAUUUGCGCCCUGCGCAAGAAGCAGAAAGACCAGAAAGAUCCGCUGCCUCUGGAGAAGGAACAAUGCGAGAUGUUGUGUUUUCGAGGAAAGCGAUGCGUGGUAAAAGUGCGAGUCUUGGCCAAGGGAGAUCAAACCGAGUUGAUGGAGCAGUUGAAGGUCUUGGAAAUGCCUGAAUUGGAGGUCGUGUUUGAUCCGGCUGGGAACACGGAUGAAGAGUACAUAAUGAUCGCGGAUGGCGGGACUAGUUUGGAGGAAGAUAUGGUGUUGAGGUAG